AUGAGCGACGGUCGACCAUCCGCUUCUGUGUCGCUGCAUUCCUCAGGCGUCACUUCAGCCGAGGAACUGGCCGAAAAAUAUCAGAAACUGUUCUCCGAGUUUUCGAGGAUAAAAGCACAACAUUCCGUCCUCAAGAGAGCUGUCAUCAAGGAACAAGAAACCAAUGCUGCAUUGCAAGACGAAUGCAAGUCAAAAGAACGAGAAUUACGUUCGAGGUUGAGGCCGGGAUGGUUGGUGGGUUCGUCAAAGAAGGAACUUGAAAAAUCAAAAGUCACCCUGGAGGUUACCAGCGGAGAGUUGACGAGUAAGAUAGAAGAAAACGAAAAAUUACACAAAGAACUUUAUGAAGUCAACAGUCUAUAUACCCAACAUUUAAAUAACCUUCAGGCCAAGGUAGCGGAUUUGGAGAAAAAGACCGAAGAUCUUCAGGAUGAAUUGACAAGAUCACACAUCGCCAGCGAAGAGGCUUUGAACAUGAUACGUCAAGAGAAACGUGAACUUGACUCCGAGCUUGAUCAGACGCGGGCGGAACUUCGAAAAACAAAGUCACUCAUGGAAAAGAAUGAACAGAAAAUGAGAGAGGACGAUGACAUGAUACGAGCUGAGGUGAUCACAAUGUUAUCGAUAAACUUGGGUAUAGAGGAAUCUCAAAAUGAUCAAUUCAACACCUUGCAAGAAAAGAUUGACGAAGAAUCAAAUGAACUAAUUGCGAGUUUCAAGCAAUUGCAAUCAAGUUCCCGAGAUUAUUUAAAAUCACUAAAGGAAAAGUCGAUAUCUUCACACGAGAGAGGAUUGAAGGCUAAAGAUGCGAGCCAAAUAUGGCACAGGAAUUUGCAUAAUUUUGCGAUAAAAUUAACGACUGCUCAUAAUCGAGUAUCCGAGUUAACGGCAGAGAAGGAAAAUCUUGUUAGAGUAAAUGAGAAUGACACGACUAAAGUUGCUGCCUUAGAGAAAGAAAUCAUCCGACUAAAGGAAGAGUUGGAGAAGCAAAAAGCAAGCGAUGACCGACUGGCGGACAACGGUCAACCGAGUUAUGCAGUGAGCGAACUCGACGAGGACCAAGACGCCCGUGCUCAUCCGGAUUCAAAAGAAACCGGAUCUCCUCUCUCAUUCGAGCAUCUCCAAGAAGCAAGCGACAACGAAGACGACGAUGAUAAUGGGUCAGCGGUAUUUGUUUAUCCGAGCACCGAAAAAGUAAAUUCGAAUUCACCCAGUCAGUCGAUGAAAGAACCUCUAUAUCCACCGUCAACAUUGAUGAUUGACGACACCGAUAACCUCGGAAACUUUAAUGUAGGCACCCUUGAAUUGGAACGUGACAUAGGGCGGGUCACCAAAUCCGAGGAUGAUGCCAAACAGCGGGAGUCGCUCAUCAAAAAUCAUUAUGAGGCAAGGAUAUCACAGUUGAACGAGCAAUUGCAAUUGGCCGAUAGUAAGUCGGUACGAUUAAUUAAGACAUAUGAAAUCAUGAAAGGAAAAUUGGCCGAUGCAGAGAAUGAAAAGUUGCGAUCAAAUCAGGAAAUUUCUAGAUUGCAACAUGAAAUUUCCACGAUAAAG